GCGGCUUUGCACCGUACACUUAUUAUCCAAUCUUUUCAUAAUAGAAAUUAAAAGUAAAAAUAAAAAGCAUAAAUAGCACAUAGUUUGUUGAUCAUUAGCAUAGAAAAAGAAAAACAGAUCGAGAUCAAUGAACUGUCACCCAAAAGUGUGUGUUACAGGAGGUUCUGGAUAUAUUGGUUCAUGGCUUAUCAACAAGCUUCUACACAAAGGCUACAUUGUCCAUGCAACUUUGAGAAACUUGAAAGACGAAUCGAAGGUUGAGUUGCUAAAGUCGUUCCCAAAUGCAGAGACAAACUUGGUUCUUUUCGAAGCUGAUUUAGAGAGAACCAAUGACUUUGAAGAAGCAAUUCAUGGCUGCGAAUAUGUUUUUCAUGUUGCUACUCCUACGCAACAUAAUCCUCAAUCCUCUCAAUACAAAGACAAGGUUGAAGCAACGGUGGCCGGAGCGAAAAACAUAGUUGAAGCUUGCAUUAGAUCGAAAACUGUUAAACGUCUGAUCUACACUGCAUCAGUUAUGGCAGCUUCGCCGUUGAAUGAAGAUGGACAUAGCUUCAAGUCUUGUAUGGAUGAAUCUUGCUGGACUCCUUUUGACUUAUCAUUUUCUUAUGGCAAUGACUAUGUCAUGGGUUAUACUAAAGGAAAGACGUUAGCAGAGAAAGAAAUUUUGAAGUAUAACAAUAUGGAAUUAGAUGGUGCCAAAUUUGAAGUGGUAACUCUUGCUUGUGGGUUGGUAGGAGGAGACACGGUGCUAUCUUAUUUGCCUAUAACUAUAGAAGUGAUUUGUUCACAAAUUUUGGAGAGUUUAUUUGGUUAUAAUCAUGGUUUGAGGUUUAUGCAACAAGUUCUGGGUUCAAUUCCAAUGGUCCAUAUUGAUGAUGUUUGUGAGGCUCAUAUUUUUUGCAUGGAAAAUCCAGAGGUUAAUGGUAGAUUUCUUUGUGCUGUUGCCAAUCCAACUAGUAGAGACAUUGCACUCUACUUUCAGCAACAUCACCCUCAAUUUAAGAUUCAAGAUAGCUUUAUGGGGGAAACAGAAGGAGAGAUAAAAUUGGAUUCAUCAAAGUUGUCAAAACUGGGAUUUGUAUAUAAAUAUGAUUUGAAGACGAUAUUAGAUGAAAGUUUGGAAUGUGUCAAGCGACUUGGAGAUUUCUCUCGCCAAUACGAGCCCUGGCUGUGCACCAAAAUAAUUGCAGCUCAAGAAUGAAAAUGAAGUGAUUGUAAUUUCUCAUUUUCUGUAACUUUUGCCGAUCGCUUUAAUUAAUAACUUAUCUUUUGUGUCAUAA